AUGGCUGAAGCGGCCGCCCGUCAGGCUGUUGAAGCUCUAAAAAUUCAGAGCCUCGUCCCACCGCAAAGCAGAUGGGACAUAGACAAAGGUGAUGCGGUGGAGAUCAUCUGCCUUGAACCACUCCUGCAGGGCUCAGCUCUCUCGCCUGUUAUCUCUGGGCUGUUCAUUGCUCCAGUAAUGAAGCUCUUCUAUAUCAAAGCAGCACCGCUCAACAUGACGCUACUUUCUUUUGUGGACGAUGGGACCAUCCUGGCUCAAUCCAAACAACUCGAUGAUAAUAAUGUGGGCCUGCGUAAGGCCUACAAGAUUAUCUACCUUCUCUUUGUUGCUUUCGCACUCGUCCUUGAACAUGACAAGACUGAGCUGUUCCACUUUUUGUGUCAACAAGACACCUACAAUCCCUCACUGGAUUUGGGGUAUGCCCCGCAUACUGGCGCUACACCUUUGAAGCCCAAGACCUAUUGGAGGUACUUGGGCUUCUACUUUGACCACGGGCUCACAUUUCAUGAGCAUGUUGAAUACUAUGCCACUAAGGCAUUUACCACUGUGCAGGCCAUGCGCAUGCUCGGAAACUCUACCAGAGGUCUUUCGUCUAAACAGCAGUGCCUCCUCUAUAGAUUGUGUGUGAUCUCCAUUGCCACGCACAGAUAUCGUCUCUGGUACUUUGAUGGCGCCUGUAACAAGGGUGCCAUGAACCAGCUCAAACAGAUGCAGCGAAAAGCUGCUCUAUGGAUCACGGGUGCUUUCCGCACCUCACCUACAGGCGGUCUUGAGGCCUUAGCAGGUCUCAUUCCCGUCCACCUUAUGCUGAAGAAGUUGGCAACACGCGCAGUGUAUCGCGUAGCCACACUCUCAGACACCCAUCCUCUUCACUCCAUGAUGGGCAAGGGACUCCUCAAGCGGGCUGAACCACAUGCCCGCUCUGCUGCCUUGAUGACCCCAGCCAUGCAAGGGAAAGUCAAGAGCACCGUUAUGGAGGUGGACGAGCGCGUCCACACCUUAACUGAGAGCUUUGAGCCUUUUGCACCUGAAGCUCGCCCAGGUGAUCGGUUACUGGACCGCUAUGCGGACUGUCUCCAUUUUGACGAGCGCGAUCCUACCCAGGAUAAGCGACCAUAUCUCGACGAGCUCAUUGCGAAAGCAAGGGCCGAUCCUUUAACAGUACUGGCUGUGACUGACGGCUCUCCUCAGUCCAACCAGUAUCAGGUGGCUUCAGCUGCCAUCGUCUACAAGGGACAUUGCGAGCUCAAGAGGACUCGCUACGUCUCUGGCAGAGUUACCGCCCCAGAUGCGGAACUCAAUGCCAUCGCGUGUGCAGUGCGCCUUGCUGUCAAGCAGGCAGACUGCCAACAUAUUAUGGUCUUUACUGACUCCAUGGGCUCAGCCCACAGAGCGGUGGACCCUUCCAUACACUCUGGCCAGGCUUUUAGUCUGUCGGUGUGUCACGCUCUUCAAGAGUGGUUCGAGGCGGAUGAUCUCCGCCGCAUCACCUUUGUCUACAUUCCAUCUGCUUUGCAGUGGGAUAUCCAUGGUGAGGCACAUAAGUAUGUCACCGAACUUAAGGUCAGGGUUGGAUGUCGCAAGACAGACAACUCUAUAGACGUGCUUCGCUCCAAAGCUGCGCGCUCAGUCCUAGACUUGUGGAGCUCCACUUUCCAGGAUCCAACUUACCAAGGCUCUGAAUUCUUAGAGCUUCAACAGCCUGACGGGCAGCCGCUUCAGCCAUUGUACCUCAAUGGAGGACCUUGGCUUUCAACAUUCGGACACAGUAUUACUGAGUUCACUCAUGUUUGCCUGUGUGUAACUGGCCAUGCGCCCAUUGGAGCGUACUACCCUCACUUCAAGAUCAAUGAGCCUCAUGGCUGCACUUGCGGAGCUGCUUUGCAGUCUUGCCAGCACAUCCUCUUUCGCUGUCGCGAUCAAUAUUCUGUACACUAUCCCUGUUUCCUCGGGGAUAUUGCAUCGUUUCUGAAGUACAACCCCAUGGUGUUUGGCUUCAACCGAGACCCCUCGGGUGUCGGAUAA